GAAGGAGACGCUGUCCUUCUGCAGCCAUGGCGAGCGGAACGGUGUGGUGAGACCUCCCCCCGAUUAGGAGAAUGGUAUUGGCUACCUGGCUUAGGUCAGACGGGCGGCGGACUCUUCCAUUAUGGGUUGUGGGGGGAAAUGUUUUAAGGAAAUAGAUGCACUUCCGAAGGCUGAUGGUUGGAUCCUGCGCGACGCUGGACUGCUGUGUCAACAGCACAACCUCGGUGGCGACAACCCGAGCACGUUUCCAACAUGGCGUUUCAGAGAACAGAGGGCAUGUCCAUUAUUCAGGCUUUGGCCAUGACCGUAGCAGAGAUCCCUGUGUUUCUUUACACCACCUUUGGACAGUCGGCCUUCUCUGCACUGAGAGUCACUCCCGGUCUCCGGAAGGUGCUCUUCGCCACGGCUCUCGGGACGGUGGCUUUGGCCUUGACGGCGCACCAGUUAAAGCGGCGAAGACGACGGAAGAAACAGAUCGCUCCAGAGAAGUCCAGCGCCAAGCCUCUGGUGGUUCCGGUGCCAAUUUUGCCCACCCGCCGGGUACCCUCGGUGAAGAAAGGUUAUUCUGGCCGUCGGCUGCAGAGCCCCAGCAGCAAAAGCAAUGACACGCUGAGUGGAAUUUCCUCCCUGGAGCCCAGCAAGCAUUCCAGCUCCUCGCAUAGCCUGGCCUCCAUGGCGGUUGUGAAUUCCCCCAGCCCGACCCCAGCUGCUGCAGCCCCCUGGGAAGCCCAUUUGGGGGGAGAAGACCCUGGUGCUGCUGGGGACUGCAGUGCAGAAAACCUCUAUUUUCAAGGCAUGGAACUGUUUGAAGAGGCCCUGCAGAAGUGGGAGCAGGCCCUGACCGCCCGUCAGAGGGACCCCUCCAGCCUCUCUGCCUCUUGGGUCGUUCCCAAAGAGGAAGAGCUGCCGUUGCCUGAAGAUCUCUGUGAGGAAUCUCAGAAAAAAGAAUUUGCAGACAAGCUGGAAUUGCUCCUGUACCGGGCAUAUAACCUGCAGGAGGAGUUUGGAUCCAGCCUGUCGGCCGAUAACAUAUUGCUUGAUUUAGAGCAAACGCUGAUGUUCCCACUGACCGAACAGUCUCUAAGGCGUCAACAAGAUGAAGAAGAAGAAAGCGUGACUUCCGAAGAAUCCUUUUUCUCUGCCGCGGAGCUCUUUGACGCUCUGGAAAUUGAGAAGACCCCAUACCAGCCUUCUAAGCCAGCUGUUGCCUAUGAAGAAGCGUUGCAGUUGGUGAAGGAUGGAUUGGUUUUGUGCAGAACCUUUCGCACAGAACUUCUGGGAUGCUACAGUGAUCAUGAUUUCCUGGCCAAGCUUCACUGCAUCAGACAAGCUUUUCAGGAGCUGUUGGUGGUGGAGAACAACCAGACGUUUUACGGGGAGGUGGGCAAACGCAUGGUGAUGGGGCUGAUGACCAAGGCUGAGAAGAACAUUAAGGGCUUCCUUGAAAGCUACCAGGAGAUGCUGCGUUACACGCUGAGACAGGAGACUUGGCCGACCACGCAGAAGGAACUGGAAGGGCGAGGGGUGGUCUGCAUGAAUUUCUUCGAUAUCGCCCUGGACUUCAUCCUCAUGGAUGCUUUAGAAGAUCUGGAGAACCCACCGUCCUCGGUUGUGGCCAUCCUGCGUAACCGCUGGCUCUCGGACAGCUUCAAGGAGACGGCUCUCGCGACCGCUUGCUGGUCGGUCCUGAAGGCGAAGAGGCGGCUUCUAAUGGUUCCGGAUGGUUUUAUAUCUCGGUUUUACUCCGUAUCGGAGCACGUCAGCCCCGUCCUGGCCUUUGGAUUCCUGGGGCCCAAACAACAGCUUUUUGAAGUCUGCAGCUUUUUCAAGCACCAGAUUUUGCAAUAUCUGAAAGACAUGUUUGACCUGGACAUUGUAAGGUACACAACCGUGACUUUAUUGGCCGAAGACAUCCUUCAGCUCUCACGGCGUCGCAGUGACAUCCUGCUCAGCUACUUAGGAGUGGAGACCAUUCCAGAGAUCAAUGGGACUCUGCAAAAUGAUGACCAGUCCUUCCAUAGCUUCAGCUAAGCCUGCUUGCUCGGACAAGACCGUUUGGGGCUUACGAAUUGGGUUUGUUUUUCUCCUUUUGAAAGACAGCCGGUCUCCCUAGUUUGGAGGCUGAAGACGGAUGGCAGCAAAAUAUCCUCUAUUUGAAUUGUCUAACUUAAAAGCAAUUUUGAACUGUGGUUCUCCACCUUGGCAACUUUUAAGAGAGGUGGAUUUCAAAUCCCAGAAUUCCCCGGCCAGCAGAGCUGCCCGGGGAAUUCUGGGAGUUGGUCCACACAUCUUAAAAUCACCACGAUAGAAAAACACUGAUUAACAACCCCAGAUGUGUCCAGCAUUAUCUAGGCGGGAAGUUUUUGCCAAUCAGCCAUGCCUGUUUCUAGUUAGUUAAUACUUGCACAAAUUGUGGCUGAACCCCUGUCUAAUAUUCCUGUUGUGAGAUUAGUGCACAAGAACACUUUUUUUCCCGUGAAAUUGGAUGGCCGAAAAGAAAUACAAGCGGGGAGAGGCCUGGUAGAGCUGUAAAGACCUUUCGCUCCUUCGAUUUGGAAAGUUCUGAUUUAAUUUUUUUUUAACUGACUUUAUUUUAUUGUGUCUAUAUCAGCAUUCUUCAACCUUGGCCACUGGGUGAACUUCCAACUCCCGGAAUGUUCUAAUCAGCAUGCUGGCUGGAGGAUUCUGGGAACUGAAGUUCGCGUAUCUUAAAGCGUGCUGACUAGGGAAUUCUGGGAGUUGAAGUCCACCCAUCACCAAGUGGCCAAGAGUGAAAAACACUGGUCUAUAUGUACAGUCAAACUUUUAACAACCUUUCUUAAAAUAAAGAUUCUCACACAUAUGAUGGUCUCGGAUGGAAGACCCUCUAUGAAGGAGAUGGGUGGGGAAAGAAGGAAGGAAGAAAGGAAGAGAAAGAAGGAAGGGAAGGAAGGAGAGAGAAAGAAAGAGAAAGAAGGAAAGAAGGAGAAAGAAGGAAAGAAAGAAAGAAAGAGAAGGAAGGCAAGAGAAAGAAGUAAAUGUAGGUUGGAUCUCAUUGUGCCUUCUGAAAAAGAUCAGAUGUUUCAGUGAAGUCUUGCAAGAAAUGUUUUACUCUAAAACUUCCAAUUUUAUUAUUCUCUCCGGCAUCUUCGUGGUCAUAUUCCAAAAACUGGGAAUUUUUUCCAUCAAUCUGAAUGCACAUUCUUCUCCCAGCAAUGGGGUGGGGGGAUUGAAUUCAAAACUGCUUGCCUGUAGAUUUUGCACAAUUGAAGUUCUGCAAGUUCGAAAAUAAAUAUUUAUUUACGAACUUGCAAAACUUCGAUUCAGUUAAAAAAAGUAUUUAUUGAUGAAUUUCUCCAUCAAACUGAAGGCACACACCUUUUCCCAAAGAUGGGGGAAUUGGAACGCCAAACUCCCAACUUCUUGAUUGUAGAUUUUGCCGAAUUGAUGUUCUCAUGAUGUUGACCUUGUGGAGUUUGGUUGGCCGAGUCUUCACUGACCCUGAAUCCAGAGGGGGAUAGUGAGAUGUAGUUGAUUGCAUUAAAAAUAAUCCUGAAUGCAGCAUUGGUGGUGGGCGGGGUUAGAUUUGGGGAAGUCCUGCUUUAAGUGGGUCAACUGAGACCCCUCAAGCUUCUUGUUUUAGUCCCCCCCUGGGUGGGAGGGCAAAUGAAACUCCAUUGGAUGAGAAUAUUCCAAGUUGUAGAUGCACUGAGAUUUUUCAACAGGGUGGAUUACGGUCUUAAAGCAGUAUUUCUCAACCUCUUGGCCACUUUUAAGAUAAUAUAAUAUAAUAUAACAAUGGACUUGAGCUCCUAGAAUCUCCCAACCAACAUACCUAUAUUGGUUGGAGAAUUCUGGAAGCCGAAAUCCACACAUCUUAAAAGUUGCCAUGGUUGAGAAACACUUAGACUACUUAUUACACUGGCUAAGGCACUUUUAAAUCUCCUUUUAAUUUCUAUUAUUGAAGCAGUUGAACAAAUCAACAUUUUGAGGCUGAGUUGUUGAGUUUUCCACACAACAUGGACCAAAGAGAUUUUCUUCUUUUGCAUCCUGAGUGUUUUAAUGGGACAUAUUUUAACUUCAUUUCUUGCAGCAGGUUCCAGAGGCAGCCUUUUAGAUCGACUCUUAACAAAUUCUAGUUUCGAAUUGAGAAACUACGAGCGUUGAAUGUGAAUGUGGAACCUAAAUAUUUGUGUUAGGUUUUAGCUUCUCUUGACUUAAAUCUGGCUUUCUGUGGCUUUUGAGGAGACCCCAUUUCGAACUACGGCAAGGAGAUUAUCUCACUCAAGGAAAAAAACCUCAGAUUUGCAAGGACAAAUUCAAAAGUACAAUUGGGUGACGGCCACAUUUGUUUCCUUUUUUUUUAAUUCUGAGGAGCAAUGAAGAGUUUUUUGGAAGCCCGAGAAUGUAUCAAGAAUGUAGAUCAAGUGUCAUAAUCAUUCCUCCCGGAUUUAUACUGGUUUUGAACCCGGCUCCGAAGCUUGUUCUGAGGUACCCCUUGCAUUCCAACCCGUACGAGUCACGGAUUAACGGUCUUAAGAUCUGAGCGAUCGGCUUUUCAUGCACCUUUUUGUUGUGCCUAAUUUACCCAGAAGGAAUUCCCCACUGAGUCCUCCGAUGGUUUCAGUUUUUCUUUUUCUUUUUCCUUCAGUUUUGGACCUGGGAUGGUGGGGCAAACUAUUUGUGGACGAAGAUGGUUGUGCUAAAUCUUGAGGUCCACAUGAGCAUGCUUGGGCCCGUUGCUGGAUGGAAAACCAAGAUGGAAAUCGGCUGAUCAGGUUGAUCAGAAUCUGCCUUGAUCAGCUCCGGGCUGGAAGAUCAGCUUUGUGCAAGACAGAAAUCAGCUGAUCAGGGAUCAGGGCUGAUUUAAAAAAAAGAAAUCUUGCUUCCAUCAACCCUGGGCAUUCGGCGGCAGCUUCUUGUACCCAAGUCGACUGGCUCUUUUUGCGCCCUAAGUGUGACAAUUGACCAGCGACCUUGGCACUUUUUGAGUAGCCGGUAGAGUUCCCAACCGUCGUGGCUAACUUUUCCUACAGAUCUGGACAUUUUCAGCCUGUGAAAAGUUUACUUUCUUGCCUGCAAAUCAAAGGGUGUUUGGAGAAAUUGUGAUCCUUGGAUACUGCUAAAUCCUGAACACCAUGUGUCCAUGGGGAGUGGGGGGAGAACAGUAAUCUGGGAAUUAUAUAGUUCAUUAAGAUCUAAAGCAGUGUUUCUCUGCCUUGGCGUCUUUAAGAUGUAUGGAUUCCAAGCUUCGAAAUGAAGAAUUCUGGGAAUUGAAAUCCACACAUCUUAAAGUGACCAAGGAACACCGAUCUAAGAAAUCAGAAAUGCCUUCCUUUUUGUUAAAAGAAGAGGAAAGUUUAAUUUUGGAGAAUAUUACCCGGGAACGUGGAAGGAGUUGAAUGUAAUUUUUGUGCCUCAUUAUUUUGGUUGCUUGGACUUUAUUUCUCCCUCACUUUCCCUGAUCGACAUGUUUAUGCUUCUCAUCCCCUUUUGCAACUAAAACUUUUCUAUCCUAUUAGAACUUUUGGCACUGACAAAAAAAAAUAAUCAAAUAAACAUUUCCUUUAUU